UCAUAUGCUUUUCCUUCUGCCUGCCUGCCUGGCGCAUUACACUGGCCCACAAACCCAUUCUGUGACACGCUAGGCCCUGCCGUUAAUGCUGUUGUGACCAGGGGCUGUGUAUUCAUCUUGGUUGAAAGCUUUACUGGUGGAGAGGGAGGAUGAAAAGGAAACGCACAUAAUGUCCCUGUCCUGGGGGAUUGUGUUCUAGUCUCAGUGUCUGUUGAUUUCCAUUGACUGGGACAAUUCUGCUGUAAUGUACCUAUCUCACUGGCUAAUAUGAGCAGCUUACUGCUAGCCUACUGCACGCAGACAGGACAUUAAUGCAAUGUAUUUUUUUAAAUAAGAAAGAGAGAGGGAGAGAAAUGCAAGAGAGAGAGAAAUAUGCAAGAGAGAGAGAAAUAUGCAAGAGAGAGAGAGAUAUGCAAGAGAGAGAGAGAUAUGCAAGAGAGAGAGAGAUAUGCAAGAGAGAGAGACAUAUGCAAGAGAGAGAGACAUAUGCAAGAGAGAGAGAAAUAUGCAAGAGAGAGAGACAUAUGCAAGAGAGAGAGAAAUAUGCAAGAGAGAGAGACAUAUGCAAGAGAGAGAGACAUAUGCAAGAGAGAGAGAAAUAUGCAAGAGAGAGAGAAAUAUGCAAGAGAGAGAGAGAUAUGCAAGAGAGAGAGACAUAUGCAAGAGAGAGAGAGAUAUGCAAGAGAGAGAGAAAUAUGCAAGAGAGAGAGAAAUAUGCAAGAGAGAGAGACAUAUGCAAGAGAGAGAGAGAUAUGCAAGAGAGAGAGAGAUAUGCAAGAGAGAGAGAAAUAUGCAAGAGAGAGAGAAAUAUGCAAGAGAGAGAGAGAUAUGCAAGAGAGAGAGAGAUAUGCAAGAGAGAGAGACAUAUGCAAGAGAGAGAGACAUAUGCAAGAGAGAGAGAAAUAUGCAAGAGAGAGAGACAUAUGCAAGAGAGAGAGAAAUAUGCAAGAGAGAGAGACAUAUGCAAGAGAGAGAGAAAUAUGCAAGAGAGAGAAAAUAUGCAAGAGAGAGAGAAAUAUGCAAGAGAGAGAGAGAUAUGCAAGAGAGAGAGAAAUAUGCAAGAGAGAGAAAAAUAUGCAAGAGAGAGAAAAAUAUGCAAGAGAGGGAGAAAUAUGCAAGAGAGAGAGAGAUAUGCAAGAGAGAGAGUCAUAUGCAAGAGAGAGAGACAUGUGCAAGAGAGAGAGACAUAUGCAAGAGAGAGAGAAAUAUGCAAGAGAGAGAGAAAUAUGCAAGAGAGAGAGACAUAUGCAAGAGAGAGAGACAUAUGCAAGAGAGAGAGAGAUAUGCAAGAGAGAGAGAGAUAUGCAAGCGAAAGUGAGAGAGAUGAGAGAGAGAGAUACGAGAGCGAGAGAUGCAAAAGAAAGAGAGAGUCGCUCUGGAUAAGAGCGUCUGCUAAAUGACUUAAAUGUAAAUGUAAAUAUGCGAGAGAGAGAGAAAGAUAGAGAUGCAAGAGAGACAGAUGAGAGAGAGAGCGAGAGAGAGAGAGAAGAAAAGCCAAAAUGGACAGUUUUGGCAGCCAAAUAUGUGUCCUCCUGCCACAACCUGAGGGACGGCCAGUGAAAAGUGCAAAGUAACGUUGUUUUGUUUUGUCUUUCAUACCACGUCAUGUGUCUUCGAAGUCAUGUUGACACUGGUCCACUACCAGGUCAUGUGUCUUCUCAGUCAUGUUGACACUGGUCUACUACCAGGUCAUGUGUCUUCUCAGUCAUGUUGACACUGGUCUACUACCACGUCAUGUGUCUUCUCAGUCAUGUUGACACUGGUCUACUACCAGGUCAUGUGUCUUCUCAGUCAUGUUGACACUGGUCCACUACCAUGUCAUGUGUCUUCUCAGUCAUGUUGACACUGGUCCACUACCACGUCAUGUGUCUUCUCAGUCAUGUUGACACUGGUCUACUACCACGUCAUGUGUCUUCUCAGUCAUGUUGACACUGGUCCACUACCAGGUCAUGUGUCUUCUCAGUCAUGUUGACACUGGUCCACUACCACGUCAUGUGUCUUCUCAGUCAUGUUGACACUGGUCUACUACCAGGUCAUGUGUCUUCUCAGUCAUGUUGACACUGGUCCACUACCAGGUCAUGUGUCUUCUCAGUCAUGUUGACACUGGUCUACUACCAGGUCAUGUGUCUUCUCAGUCAUGUUGACACUGGUCCACUACCACGUCAUGUGUCUUCUCGGUCAUGUGUCUUCUCAGUCAUGUUGACACUGGUCUACUACCAGGUCAUGUGUCUUCUCAGUCAUGUUGACACUGGUCUACUACCAGGUCAUGUGUCUUCUCAGUCAUGUUGACACUGGUCUACUACCAGGUCAUGUGUCUUCUCAGUCAUGUUGACACUGGUCUACUACCAGGUCAUGUGUCUUCUCAGUCAUGUUGACACUGGUCUACUACCAGGUCAUGUGUCUUCUCAGUCAUGUUGACACUGGUCUACUACCAGGUCAUGUGUCUUCUCAGUCAUGUUGACACUGGUCUACUACCAGGUCAUGUGUCUUCUCAGUCAUGUUGACACUGGUCUACUACCAGGUCAUGUGUCUUCUCAGUCAUGUUGACACUGGUCUACUACCAGGUCAUGUGUCUUCUCAGUCAUGUUGACACUGGUCCACUACCAGGUCAUGUGUCUUCUCAGUCAUGUUUACACUGGUCUACUACCAGGUCAUGUGUCUUCUCAGUCAUGUUGACACUGGUCUACUACCAUUGCUUUAAUGUAUUGUUGUUCGCAUCAAUAUUGUUGUUGUAGUUGUUGUUAAUGGUAAUCCCAUGU